CCAAACGGCCCCCUUCCUACAGUCAUUCACAACAUGCGCCUCCUUUGGCCUGUUCUACUCUUACAGAUCCUUGCUGUCGCCACCGCACAGCACAGCGGGGCAUCAGUGGACAUCAUCUCCGGUGCUCCCUCUACAGGCCUGAGCAACGUUCAGCUCACCUCUGGAACAUCGGGUCUCGACGCUCCGAAAGUACUGCCUAUCAACGGCUCCAGCUUCGACUGGUGGUACUUCGACGUCGUCUCGGCAGACCUUGACUAUAGUCUCGUCUUGGUUUUCUUCGCCGCCACCGCGAAUGGGCUGUGGGACGGGAUUCCGGACAUCGGGACCGCGGUCUACGCGUCCGUAGGAAUCACCCUGCCAGACGGCUCCUCCCUCAACAGCGAGGCUGCAGGCAGCAGCCUGGUGGUCACGACGUUGGGAAAUGGCAGCAACGGAACGCUCAAUGAGACGGGCUGGAGCUGGGUUGGCUCCCCUGACCUGUCUUCCUACCGAGUUGUCAUCGACUCCCCUGAGACGGGAGUCCAAGGCACGGUUACAUUCGAAUCCACAAGCCCAGCACACUUCCCGUGCGCUCCUGCCACAGCUUCCGCCGGACAGCCUCUCGUGCUCGGCACGGCCCCGUUCGGCUGGGCGAAUGCGCUUCCGGACGCGAAUGCCAGCGUCGACAUCGUCAUCAACGGCACUCAGGUCAAUUUCACUGGCGUUGGAUAUCAUGACCAGAACUGGGGUCCUAGUACUGUCGAUACCGUCGUCAAGUCCUGGUAUUGGGGCCAUGCGCGCCUCGGACCACUCGCCGUCGUUUGGUUCUACGUCGUCUCGCCCGACGGCUCCGAGCACGUCAGCAGCUACAUAUCUCGCAACGGAGAGGUGCUCACGGCGUCGUGCUCGGGGAUGGCUGUCAGUAUGACCGGCACCGACAACAACUUCCCGCCCGCCCAGCCUGCCGGGUUUCACAUCAGCGCAAGGGUAGAGGGCGAGGGACAGCUGGAGGUCGAUGUGAUGCACAAGACCGUUCUCACCGCUGACCCCGACGUCGCGACCUAUCGUUGGAUUGGUAGCGUCAGUGGGGGGUUUGUGAAUGGUACCACGUGGUCUGGCCCCGCCUUGUACGAAGCGUUCGCGUUCUAGUCGCAUUGUUACUGUAUCGUUCGGAUACCGGAGCUUGCGUACGAUACUUUAUCCACUAGUACUUUAACACGAUAUUAGAAUUGUUCACGGGUUU